UACAGGAGCAAAAGUUAUAAAUGUUCUUCGCAAUUCGCACGAGCGCUCAGUUGCUCUCGGUCAUUCGUUGUGGUUGUAUGAACUUGUGCCGCAGCAGCAUCAGCAGCAGCAACAGCAGCAACAACAACGACAACGACAAGAACAACAGCAGCGGACAGAGACGACAUUGUCGCCAUCAUUGUCACCAUCGCCGUAGAGAAUUGUAAGAAGCAACAGCAGGAAGAGUUUUUCGUGUGAGCAGCCAAAGACAAAACGAUUUGUGGCUGCAUUUACAAAUCAAGUGCAUUGCGGCUGCAACACGCAAUUUAAAAAAGAGUCACAAGAAACAAUUUUGUCUCUCACAACGCUUCGUAUGCGUAAUGUCAUAAACUAUUAACUCAUCAGAGGCUCAUUGUACAACAAUAAUAACAAUAAACACACGAGGAGCGUUGGUUUUAUGUGUCAAUUUCCGUUUGGUGCGCUUUUAAAACUUUUAAAAACAACGGACUUCCGCGCCAAGGCAUCAAAACAACAGCAACAGGAAGCGGUGUAAGGAAAGCGGGUAGGCAACAGCAGCAGCAUCCUUGCGGUGCCAAUUGUGCAGCAAAACCCGCCAUCAGGAUUAGCCCACGUCUAGGAGCAGCAAAACUUCGUAUUGUAUCCAUAAGUUCCUUUGUGCGCCAUGCACGACACAGCCGGCAAACCGUCCCCCAUAACCACGCCCACACAGUCACCGAUGGCGGCGGCAGAGCCCGGCGCCGGGCCAGCUGACGAUGAGGAUGAGACCGAUGUGAUCGGCGAUUUGAUGGGCCACUAUGGCAAAUGGCAGUUAGUCAUGACGGUGCUGCUGUCGCUGUUCCAGGUGCCAAACACCUUUCACAUAUCGUCAUCCGUUUAUCAGGCGGCCAACAAGGAGUUCUGGUGUCAGCGCCCAUCACAUCUACAGCAAUUGCCUGUCGAUGUUUGGCGUAAUCUGAGCGGCUCUCAAGACAAUUGUCAUGUGCUCGCCGGCAUAGAUUGGAACCAGCUGAGCAACGACACGUUACCCGCACAGAUGGAGCAACAGGCGGCAGCAGCUGCGGCAGCAACUGCCGACGACGGGAAGCUGAUUGCCUGCAACAGCUGGGAGUACGCGACGAACGACAAUGUCGGCAACACUUGGACUUCACAGUGGGAUCUGGUGUGCGACAAGGAGCAUUUAAAGAACGUGGCCGAGAUGUUCUUUCUAUUAGGCGUCGCAACAGGUGGCAUCAUUUCCGGCUAUCUCUCUGACAAAUUUGGCCGCAAAACAAUGCUCUUCAUAUCGGCCGUGCUGCAGACCAUAUUCGGUCUUUGGCUGUAUUUCUGCAGUUCCUUUGAGCUAUAUUUAACGUUGCGUGCUCUAUUGGGGCUCGUCUCCGUCUCGGUCACCUACUCCGGCCUCAUAUUGGCCAUCGAGUAUGUGGAUGGCAAGUGGCGCACCAUAGCCGGCAUGUACAAUCUGUUCCCACUGCCAAUCUCGUAUAUGAUUAUCUCUGGGCUCGCCUAUUUGACGCAAGACUAUCAACGUCUGCAGCUGUGCAUUGGUGUUCCGGGCAUUUUCCUCUGUUUUCUCUGGUUUGUGGUGCCGGAAUCUCCGCGCUGGCUGCUGGUCAAGGGUCGCGUUGAGGAAGUCAGACGCAUCAUUGAGGCGGCGGCCGUUUUCAAUGGACGCCAGCUGCCCCCGGAUUAUCAGCUGACGCCACCCACGCAGGAGAGCAGCUCGCAGGACUUUACGUAUUUGUUUCGGUCAAGCUACUUGAGGCGCAUCUCCAUCUGUUUUUUGUGCAUUUGGUUUACCAUGAACCUGGUAUACUACGGCAUUAUCUUGAAUAUGAGCUCGUUCGGUGGAAAUGUCUACUUGAAUUCGGCGCUAGCUGGCCUAGUCGAAAUACCUGCCAUUGCGGUGGCCAUGUACAUUAUCACCAAGGUGGGCAAGAAGUGGCUCUUCUGCGCCACCUUGCUCUGUGCCGGGGUCGCUUGCUGCUGUGCUGCGAUCACCGAGGGGCGCGAGGAUAUGCUCUGGCUGAAGAUCACAUUCCUGAUGAUGGGCAAGUUUACGAUCAGCGCCGGCAACACUAUUAUGCCCGUUUAUACUGCGGAACUAUAUCCAACAGCCAUACGCAAUGUGGGCGUGGGCGCCUGCAAUGUGGCUGCCGGAUUGGCGCUAAUAUUAACGCCCUACUUAUCGCUUUUGAACAAAAUCGAGGGCCACCUGUUGAUGUCACUGCUAACCGCCUGGAGCAUCUUUGGUGGCUUCGUGGUGCUCUUCUUACCGGAGACGGCGGUGCGAAAAAAUGCAUCAACCGCAACCAGACGCCAGAACGCAGCAAAACAGGUGUAAUAAAUUAUAGAGACGCCGUCAUAAUUUGCCUGCCCCCUCUACUCCCCCCUGUCACCUAGGAAAUAUUUUGGCUGGUCCAAAGUAUGUAAACGAGCACACAGGCUACCAGAAAACUACUAACAAUCUAGCAAUACCAACAAUAAUCGUUGCCCAGCCCUGAUUUGACAUAUCCACCGCCGCAGCCACCGCCACCUUCCUACAACCGGGAACUCAAGUAAAUAGCGCAAUUUAUCGAAUGUCCAUUAAAUGCCAUAAUUUAAAAAGUCAGGCAGGACCUUAUUCGCGUAGCAAGUAGCGAGUAUUUGAAAAAAAUAAGUACACAAAAUCAAAAAAAAAGCACUCAGAAAGUAACAAUGGCUUUUAGCUUAUAAUAGGGUAAGUACAGAAGAAUACAUAUUGUUAAAAAUGUCACAAUUCGGAGUAGGUUAAUAGCUUCGGUAACAUCGAAGAUAAUAAAUUUCACAUUAAUAUAGUACAAGAGGCAAUAUGAUGAGCAAAUUACUCAAAUUACGCAACAGUUAAACUUUUCUCACUCUCGUAUCUACUUUUAAGCCUUUGAAUAACAUAUAAAGUUAAUUAAUAAAGUUGUUAUGAAAUCUUUUAAGUCUUUGAUAAUAUCGCCAUUAUCUUCUGCCCAAAACAAUUUUUGUGAGAUUUUGGUAGGCCAACCGAAUAACUAGAAAUGAAUAUUAAAAAAAAAAAGUGUAUGUAGUAUUGCUAAAUUAUUUACUCCAUCAGCAGUGCAAUGCACAACAGUCAAUAUAUAUAAACAACUCAAAAAUUCUUGUCGAUAUGUCUUGUCAAUAUGUCAACGUAUACAUAAUCUCGUUGUUAUUGCCGUCUAUUACUAAAUGUUUUAUAAAAAAUAUAAACAUAAAAAAUUAUUAAAUUGAAGUGAAAACUGUAAUCUCUGGUAAAUGUAGUCAAUUAAUCACUAGAAUAAAAUGUACACAAAAUAAAUAUCGGUCAAUUAUGCACACAUACAUAUUAGCUAUAUAUGUAUAUGUAUUUGUAUCUGUAUAUAAACACAUACAUACAUACCAAUUGAGAGCAGCCAAUGCUUGUUGUUUUAACUCAUCUCAUAUUAGAAUCUGUUCAUGUUAUUUGGUCGUAACGAAAUGUCAUCAACAAUAAUUUACAAACAUUUCCCACAAAAAUGCAUUUAAAUAAAUGAAUGUAUCCAGUUCAGAAUAAUAAAACAAGUUAGUUUACAUGAUCAAAAAGCGUGUAAGCAGGUAAAAAAAAAAUAUAAUAAAUAAACAAAAAAUUAAUAGGAUUACUAAAUUGCUGCUUUAUGAAAAACCGUCAAAAUGCUUGUUGUACUUACAUAUAUGAUAAUAAUGUUCUUAAUUGUAAGCUUUUAUUUUUCUUUAUGUUUUAUUUGUAUUGUACUUACGAGUUAAGUAUAAAUUUAUGUUGUAUAGAUAUGCUUAUUAGUGCCAACACUGGUUAUUUAAAUACGCAAUUUGUAAAUUAAAGAAAAUUCAAAAACAAAUUCGCCAUGUAUGUUAAGGAUGAGAAUAAAGAAUAUGUACAAGAAUAUACAUAAAAAAAAAUACGUAUAUGCAGAUGAGAUAUGAAAGAUGAAUGUUUAAUGUUAAACUAUGAUAUAGCAAGUGUUAUCCAGUUAUGUUCAAAUCUUGAUAAAAAUGCAAGAAUGUAUGAAAACUCUUUAAUAUUCCAUCUAGGGGAAGUGCACCCAAUCUAAAUCGUGUUUUAAAGCUCAUGUUAAAUGCUCAAUGUGCAACUGGAACUUGGGAAAUAAAUGUUAACAAUGGCGUAUUUAUGAAAUUGUUUUAAAUCAAAAUUAACAAAGCAACGUAAAUCAAUUAGUGUCAAUACAAAUAUGCUUACAAA